AGCAAAAGAAAUAAGAGAAAGAUGAAUGAUAAACAGCGAUCUAUUCUCCUCGACAUCUCAUCUCGCUUCUCACCUCCACAAGGUGUGAAGCUAUCAUACGGAACAUCGGGGUUCAGAGCCGACGCAUCAUUGCUAGAAUCAACGGUGUACAGAGUUGGAUUAUUGGCAGCGCUGAGGUCACUCAAAACCAGGGCAGUCAUUGGACUUAUGAUCACCGCAUCACACAAUAAAAUUUCUGAUAAUGGAAUCAAAGUAGCAGACCCCAGUGGUGGAAUGUUGACUCAGGAUUGGGAACCAUUUGCUGAGGCACUUGCCAAUGCACCUGAUAUCUAUACCCUGGUUGAGAUUUUAGAUGAUUUUGUUAAGAAGGAAAAAAUUGCACUUGAUGGAGAAUGGGCAGCAGAGGUUUUCUUGGGAAGAGAUACAAGGCCUAGUGGAGUGUCUCUCCUUGAAGCUGCAAAACAAGGGGUUGCUUCUAUUGUCAAAGCCAAUGCCAAGGACAUGGGAGUUCUAACGACACCACAACUGCAUUGGAUGGUUCGUGCUAGAAACAAGGGCCUGGAAGCAUCUGAGCAUAAUUACUUUGACCAGCUCUCAAGCUCUUUCAGGUGCUUGCUGGAAUUGAUCCCUCAAGGCAGUAGAAUCGUUGGUACUAAUGACAAACUGAUUGUGGAUGGAGCGGAUGGUAUUGGUGGAGAAAAACUUGAAAGUCUGAAAGGGCUGUUAAAUGGCUUGUGUGUAGAAGUUCGUAAUUCUGGUAAUGGUGUACUUAAUGAAGGUGUUGGUGCUGACUAUGUGCAGAAAGAGAAGGUCGUGCCUCGUGGAUUUGGUCCUGCUGAUGUUGGAAUCAGGUGCGCUAGUUUCGAUGGAGAUGCUGAUCGGCUUGUGUAUUUCUUAGUUCAACCAAAUAGUAACAAAAUUGAACUUGUUGACGGUGACAAGAUAAUGGCUUUAUUUGCUUUAUUCCUUGAAGAACAAUUAAGUAUUCUGAACAAGAGUGGAGAUGUUACAGUUAGGCCAAAUCAAACACGUCUCAAGAUUGUGCAGACAGCUUAUGCAAAUGGCGCAUCCACUAGUUACCUAAAGCAAUUGGGCCUAGAAGUUGUGUUCACUCCUACUGGUGUAAAGGUGCUUGACAGAGCAGCAGUUGUCACGGCGAAUGCGGAAACUGUAGUUGUCAAACCCAGUGGAAUUCAAGAAGCCAUUAAUGCUGAAAUUGCCAAAUACCACAAAGGAAGAUGUUUCAUACGGCCUUCUGGAACAGAAGAUGUGGUUAGAGUAUAUGCUGAAGCAAGCACCCAAGAAGCAGCAGAUGGUCUAGCUUAUUCAGUGGCGAAAUUGGCGGAUCAGUUCCUUGGGUCUACCAAUUCUUAGUCAAUUCUGGAUUGUGCCUUUUUCACUAAAUCCAUUCAUACCUUCCCAGGAUCGCUUACUACUCUCUAGAUGUUGGAUACUGGACCUACUUGGCUAUGCAAAUGAGACAUUUAUACACUCGCUAAACAUUUUGGCCGCUUCUUCCCUGCAUUUCUACAUCAGUUUAAACUAGAUUCUUGUAAUUGAGAAAAAUCUGAAGUAUAGCAGCAUUGUACUAGAUUCUGGGUUGGAAGAUGCAGUUUUUCAGCCUCUGCAGUGGAAAGCGGUAUUCUGACUGCCAAAAUAAAUGAUUCUUCAGCUCACGCCUUUCCUUGU